GGGCUGUCCCUCCCACUGGCCUUAGGGCCCCUCCCACCCCCACUCCAGAUAAGGCCAGCCCGGGACUGCUUCACUGGGCAGUAGGCACUAGGGCUGGAAUGGGGCCGUCGGGCUCCCCAUGGCAAUGGGGGCUCCUGCUGCUGGGGCUGCUGCUCCCCUCUGCCACCCCCUUCUGGCUUUUCAAUGUGCUCUUCCCCCCGCAUACCACGCCCAAGGCUGAGCUCAGUAACCACACACGGCCCGUCAUCCUCGUGCCCACAGUUCCUGGCUGCCUGGGGAAUCAACUGGAAGCCAAGCUGGAUAAACCAGAUGUGGUGAACUGGAUGUGCUACCGCAAGACAGAGGACUUCUUCACCAUCUGGCUGGAUCUCAAUAUGUUCCUACCCCUUGGAGUGGACUGCUGGAUAGAUAACACCAGGGUUGUCUACAACCGCAGCUCUGGGCGCGUGUCCAAUGCCCCUGGUGUACAGAUCCGUGUCCCUGGCUUUGGGAAGACCUACUCUGUUGAGUACCUGGACAACAACAAGCUGGCAGGUUACAUGCACACACUAGUGCAGAAUCUGGUCAACAACGGGUAUGUGCGCGAUGAGACAGUGAGGGCCGCCCCCUACGACUGGCGGCUGGAGCCAAGCCAGCAGGAGGAAUACUACCGGAAGCUUGCUGGGCUGGUGGAGGAGAUGCAUGCUGCCUAUGGAAAGCCUGUCUUCCUCAUUGGUCAUAGCCUUGGUUGCCUACACUUGCUCUAUUUCUUGCUGCGCCAGCCCCAGGCCUGGAAGGACCGCUUCAUUGAUGGAUUCAUCUCUCUUGGGGCUCCUUGGGGGGGCUCCAUCAAGCCCAUGCUGGUCUUGGCUUCAGGUGACAACCAGGGCAUCCCGAUCAUGUCCAGCAUCAAGCUGAGAGAGGAACAGCGCAUAACAACGACCUCCCCUUGGAUGUUUCCUUCCAGAGAGGUAUGGCCUGAAGACCAUGUGUUCAUUUCCACGCCCAGCUUCAACUACACAGGCCGUGACUUCCAGCGCUUCUUUGCAGACUUGCACUUUGAGGAAGGCUGGUACAUGUGGCUACAGUCACGUGACCUACUGGCAGGCCUCCCAGCACCUGGAGUGGAAGUAUACUGUCUGUAUGGCGUGGGCCUGCCCACACCCAACACCUACAUCUUUGACCACGGCUUCCCCUACACAGACCCCGUGGGGGUACUCUAUGAGGACGGUGACGACACUGUGGCCACACGCAGCACUGAGCUCUGUGCCCGCUGGCAGAGCCGCCAGCCACAGCCUGUGCAUCUGUUGCCUCUGCAUGGGACACAGCACCUCAACAUGGUCUUCAGCAACCAGACGUUGGAGCACAUCAAUGCCAUCCUGCUGGGUGCCUACCGACGUCGUACCCCUGCACCCCCAGCUGCCAGCCCAGGGCCCCGACCCCCUGAAUAAAGACCCUCUUUUGCUCUUUAA